AUGGCUCGCAGAGUAGGCCUUGUAGCCGUAGUCUCGAUCGCGCACCUGUUCCCUCUCGUAGCAUGUGAGGCCUUCCAUGAAAUUCACGUAGGAGCCUCGGGAAGCUUCUAUGACCCGGCGACCAUCCUGGCCAACCAGAACGACGUUGUCACCUUCAUUUUCGAUGGCCCCUUCCACGACGUCACUCAGUCGACAUUCGCCAAACCGUGCCAACCACUAGCGGGUGGAUUCAGUAGCGGGAUAGCAGGCAAAGGCACCAACACUUCUGCGCCCUCUCCGUCUUGGAGCCUCCGCAUCACGAAUGCAUCUGUUCCCAUUUGGUUUUAUUGUGGUGCAACAAUCCCUCUACCUCAUUGCACUAGUGGCAUGGUCGGUAGGUUUCCUCUUCCUUUCCGGUGCCGCGGCGGUGCUCAGUCGAUUUUAGCAAGCACCGUCGAUAAUUCUCUCCGGUCAAGGCGCUUUUGCGACUGCGACACCCCAAGUAACGUCGGGGACGCCUGCCAGCUCUGGUGCACUAACUUCAGGUUCAGCGUCAGCAUCAAGCACCUCUAG